GACCCCGAGCCGUACGCGGAGCCGGAGCUCCAGCCUCGGCACCAGCCCCAGCCCCAGCCCCGGCCCCAGCCCCAGCUCCGCGCCGCGCCCGGCGCGCCUAGGAGCGGGCGCCUUCCGAGCGCCGAUCCAGGAGCCCGGAGUCCCCGCGUCCCCGCAGCCCCCAGAAGCCGGACAACUGUUGCGGCGGCGGCGGGGGCAUCGCGGGGGCGUGGGCAGCCCCCGCACCCCAGCAGGCGGCUCCCGCGGGCGCCGGCUCCCGGCUACGGAGCGAGGGACGAGCGGGCGGCGGGCACGAGGCAGCUCUGGACGGAUCAAUGCAAGCCAAACGAUGACCAGUUGUGGCCAGCAGUCCUGGAACGUGCUCGCCGUCCUCUUCUCGUUGCUGUUUUCUGCAGUCUUGUCUGCACAUUUCCGGGUCUGUGAACCAUACACAGACCACAAAGGCCGCUACCACUUCGGCUUCCACUGCCCCCGGCUCUCGGACAACAAGACCUUCAUCCUCUGUUGUCACCAUAACAACACGGUCUUCAAAUACUGCUGCAACGAGACGGAGUUCCAGGCGGUGAUGCAGGCAAACCUCACGGCCAGCUCCGAGGGUUACAUGCACAACAAUUACACCGCCUUGUUGGGAGUGUGGAUCUAUGGCUUUUUCGUGUUGAUGCUGCUGGUUCUGGACCUUUUGUAUUACUCGGCAAUGAACUACGACAUCUGCAAGGUCUACCUGGCACGGUGGGGCAUCCAGGGACGAUGGAUGAAACAGGACCCCCGGCGGUGGGGGAACCCUGCUCGGGCCCCUCGGCCAGGGCAGCGGGCCCCACAGCCGCAGCCUCCCCCAGGCCCGCUGCCGCAAGCCCCCCAGGCCAUGCACACGCUGCGGGGAGAUGCUCACAGCCCACCACUGAUGACCUUCCAGAGUUCGUCUGCCUGAAAACCCUUUUGCUGUGCCUCAGGAUGGGGGAGAUGAGAUCUGAAGCACCCAGUGCAGUCUCCGAGAAGAACAACUUCUACAGAGAUGCCAGGGACAGCCGAGGUAGUGGCGGUGGCAGAGGAAGAAAUGCUGCCUGUGCCCAAAACCCUCUUCCGUGGACUUCUAAGAUUAGGAGCAAACUCAGGGGUAGGGGCUGGGGGUGCCGGGGAAGGGAUUCUGAGCCACCUGUCCGCAAGCAAUAGUCCUAUUUUGGGCUGGUGGCUUCUGAGAGGUGACUCAUUGUGGACUCAGGAUGACCAAGAAAAAGCAACUCUGGCUGAUUCCAGCCAGGAGGAUUGAGGUCUGUGAGUUAUACCUGUGGUUGAAAACUGAAGCUUCCCUUGCCCCUGCUCCCUCCAAUAGUGGCCCCUUGGGGCUAUUUGUGUCAGAAUAUUGGGUGUGCGCGUGUGUGCGCGUGUGUGAUUUGGGGUGUUCUUUUUGUUUGCUUGGUUGGUUGGUUUUUAUUGGGGCUUCCCCC